CAAGCCCGUGUUGCGUGCUGCAUGUUCACGGUUCCUAUAAGAUGGAUUCCGUUGAUCAAGUACCUUGAGAGUAUUUUCCUUUCCUUGAUCACUGCCUCAUUGUUUGGCUGCAAGAGGCUGUCACAAUGACAUCUCCACUUCCACAAAUGGCGCCCGUCUCGGCAUCAGUCGACGACCAGAUGGCCAUGGAGAAGAAUGCUGGACUGAUCAUGGGCACCAACAGCAGCAGCAUCGUCUCCAAGAGAAGUGUUGAAAAGUUAUACCUUCCUCAGCCUCACUUCUACCGAUACUUCGUCAAGAAGCCUCAGCGGCGAUCUCCAACCAUCAAUCGUGGCUAUUGGCUUCGUAUGAGGGCCAUCGACUGGGUGGUGAGGCAAUUUCUCGAGAAACCCUCUAAGCAGAGAAAAGUGGUUAUCAACUUGGGCUGUGGCUAGUGAGUAAGGAACCGGCAACUAUAUCGACCCUAGCAUUCCGUCUGACCAGCUCAGUGACCCAAUUCCUUUCCAAUGGCUGAGCCAGGACCCAGAAGCAUGCCGAGGCACCAAAUUCAUUGACGUUGAUUUCGAAGAACUCAUGCACACCAAGUGUGAAAUGAUUCUGAGCACGCCAAAAAUGAACGAUCUGUUGACCGAUCCUUUGAAGCCUACCGAGGGAGGAGUCCUGCUUGACAGCAACGAGUAUGCAGCACUUGGGUGUGAUCUCCGCAAUCUCAAACGCUUUGGUCGCUUGCUCAACGAAGUGGCGGAUAUUGAAAACUGCCUGGUCCUUUGCGUGGCAGAAGUCAGCAUAACUUAUAUGUCUGUUGAUGAUUCUGAUGCCCUCAUUGCCUGGACCUCCAGCUUGUCUCCCGAUGUCACCUUCUGUUUGCUCGAGCAGCAAUCUCCUGACCGGCCAGACCACCCCUUUACUGCCACAAUGCUCAAGCAUUUCGCCAAGCUCGGCACCCCUCUUCGUACCGUCCUCACCUAUCCAGGCUGUCACACCCAAGUACUACGCUUCCAAGACGCUGGAUUCCCCCAGGUCGAGUUUCAAAACCUGUGGGAAUUGUGGAGCGAUCCACGGUUCUUGUCACCUUCGCAAAGGAUUUCGUUGGAUGAAGUUGAACCUUUUGAUGAAUGGGAGGAAUUCGCGCUGUUUGCCUCACAUUAUUGUCUGGUUGUCGCCCAGACGGGACCUGAACCCUUGAUCCCAGAGCAGCCGAAAUCAAGACGAGCAUCCAUCGACAGCUUCGCUUCCGAUCUGUCUACCAGGACUGUUUCGCCGUAUAAAGGUCGAACGCAAUGGUUUGCGUACAAGUAUUCUCAGAACCCGGAGCGUGAAGGCCGGACUCACCACGCGUCAGCGUUUCCAAUCCCUGGUGAAGAUGCUAUUGGCGUUUUUGGUGGCAUUGGUAUGCAAAACAGAUUGUCCACGGCAUCAGUCUAUGCUUCGGCAGACAACAACAUCAAAUCUCCUGCAGUCCCUCCACAAGACAUAGGCGCUCGCUCUUGUCACACCAUCACAUCUCUGGGCAAUGGGCAGAAUAUUCUUGUUGGUGGCCGGGCAUCGCCAUCCGCCCCCAUGAAGGACUGUUGGCUUCAAACAGGCUCCAAAUGGGAACGAAUUCAGGAUCUGCCGGAACCUCGGUUCCGUCACAGAGCCACAGCAGUGGUUCUUCCGGAUAAUCAGUACGGCGUCGUCGUUUUCGGAGGGAAAACCUCUGUGAGCAAGGUCGCAAUCGAAGUUCUCCUGUGGGACAGAAAGAAUGGAUGGCAGAUCCUUAAAUCACUGCGCAGCGAUCCGAUGCCACGCUUUGGUGCCAGCUUUGUUCGCCUGGGCUAUAACCAUGGCCUCCUCUUUGGAGGUAUGCGACACGAUGGCGUCAUCUGUCAGGGUCUUUGGCGCUGGCGGUUGAUCAUUCGUGACAACAUCGUAGCCGGCAUUCGGUUCAAGACUUCAUCUGCUCUCGAUACGUCUGCUGGCGUAUUCCCCUGGCUAUCUCGGCUUGGGGCCUCAUACAGUGUCAUCAGGAAUGAGCUUUUGGUCAUUGGAGGCGUAGCAAAACAAGGUUGCAUUCCAAAAGACUACGAAAUAUUAUCCAUACUGGGAAGCUUCUCAGCGUUUGGGGAGUUUGAAAAAGAAAUGCAGCUCAGAGUCGCGUGCGUACACCCAAAGAUGGAUCCAGAUGUGCCUCGACCGCUCUUGGUCGGCCACAGUACACAUCGCACGGCCAAGGAGACCACACUGAUCGCAGGCGGCGGGGCCGUAUGUUUCAGCUUCGGGGCUUUCUGGAACGCUGGCUGCUGGCUCUUAUAUGACCGAGAAGCUGGUGUUGGCUCACAUUGGGCUCUUGUGCCCAGCACGUCCAAGACAUCCCUUAUCGACCAAAAAGAAUCCUCGGUUCAAAUUCCCGUCGCACUCAAGUGUAUACGCCAACCGACUGAGCAAGACCUGUACAAGAUUAUAGAGGAAUCAACGCCACGACUUCUCAGUGGCCUCAAGCUGGGCCCCUGUGUCUCUCUCUGGACCCCAUCUUAUCUUCACUCUCAGCUCCCGGCGGACCACAAGGUUGUAGUUCACGCCGCUGGCAGCAGAAUCAUGAACUUUCAACGAAAAGACUUUUCUUACGUGACGAUUGCAUUUCAUGAGUUCUUGCGGCAGUGUGAGGCCAAUCCUAAUGCUCAUCUCUAUCUGCGAUCAAUCUCUGCCACAAAGCCUGCGCAGAGUCCCGCUAAUUUCACCAACGACUGGCCAUCGAUUGCCCCAGACUUUCAUCUUGACCCAGUGCUGGACUUGAUACAGCGCCAAAUGCACAGCAGCGUUUUGCGCAUCAGCGCCAACGUAAGCAUGUGGCUUCACUACGACGUCAUGGCGAACGUUCUAUUCCAAAUCCGAGGGACGCGGAAACUGAUCCUCUUCCCUCCGGAAGAUAUCAAACAUUUAUCUUUCCCAUCCGGUUCCACGACCUCGACCAUCAGUGUUUUGGAGCCCGCCCACGAUUCAGAUCACGAAGAGGACCGACUGAAGGCAAUUCCUAAUACGCACCCACACACCGUCAUCCUGCGGCCAGGCGAAGCCCUAUUCAUCCCACCACUUUGGGCGCAUACCGCAACACCGCUUCCGACACCUCGACCUAAUAAAUCUGGGACGAACACUGAUGCCAGCGACGAUCCAGCCACGUCACGCGUCAAUAUAUCGAUCAACAUCUUCUUCCGAAGUCUAGCUUCUUCGAAAUAUCAAGUCGGACGGGACGUUUAUGGCAAUCGUGAUCUUGCUGCCUAUGAAGAUGGACGUCGAGACCUGGAGAAGAUUGUCCGGCGAUUCGUAUCCAAGAGUGGUGCCAGUCACACAGGCGCAGCGAAUUUGAAGCAGAACGCCGAGCCAACUGCAAGUUCUGUCGUUAACGGGGCACAUGAUAAGGACACUAUAGCUACCACCGCCUCACCAACUGAUUCUGACCAAGUGAUUCUCUCAGGCGAGAUUCCGAAGUCUAUCGCCAAAGCUUAUUUGGAAAGGCUGGCCGACGAGCUCCGUGAGCGUGCAGAGAAGCUCUGAGGAGGCCAAGUGAUGGUGGAAGAGAUUCCACGAUCAUAAUUACCUGAUGCUUAAAUCUGGGUAGAUGGUCCGAGCAAUGUCAAAGCGAAUGUAAUUGCUGGCGUCUUCGAGGUUCGCGACAUAGCAAAAGAUAGAGAUCAUGGAUCGAAAAUGUCUUUGUACUAGUUGGACAUUGACCUAAUAAUAUAACUUGUAUAUCUUCCGGCUCUGUUGCUAGAGCGAUUGGCCAAAG